AUGACAUCCCCACCCCGCCCCUCCCGCCCCUCACGCCCCUCCCGCUUUAUCGAAGGUCCACCCCUCACACCUCCAAACCUCCAACAAGCACCCGAUCUCCUCCUCGCGAUCCUAUCACAGAUGGACGAGUGCGAGUGCGCGCGCAAGAAAAAACGCACUAGCACCAACAACAACAAUAAUAAUAAUAAUGAUAAUUAUGCUGAGGAGGGAAGCAGAAACAGGAGAAGAGGGGAUGGAAGAAGAGCUAGAGGCUGGAGUUUGAGUUUAGGUUCGAGUUCGAGGACGUGGGUAAUGCGAAAUGCGAAUGCGAAUGCGAAUAGCCAGCCAUACCUCAUCAAACACGACAACCCCAGCGCCCCUAAAGAAAAGCGCGGCAAGAAGAAGAAGAAGAAGAAGAAGAAGAAGAAGAAGAGCCGAAAGUUAAAGGCAUGGAUAUUUAGAGAUUUGAGAUUUGGGAUUUGAGAGUUGAGGGGAG